AUGCAGACCGAAGAAUCCACAACAACAACAGAGGCACUCGAGACCAUGCAUUACUCAGCUCAGGCUCAAAGCACCGGAGUUCUUGACCCAUCAACGAUUGAACAGGGAGCAUUCGAAGCAGCGAUGGAUCACCAAGGAGGACAUGGUUUGAAGCGACAGGCAGACAGCGACGACGAUGCAGACGCCGAGACCAGCAUGUUGGAGGAAGAAAGACCGAAGAAAAAGACCCGAGGAAGAGUAAAAAUUGAAAUGAAGUUUAUUGCCAACAAGUUGAGAAGAUACACAACUUUUAGUAAAAGGAAAACUGGAAUUAUGAAAAAGGUUGGCUUAUGUUACCUGUACUGCGUAAUUUGAUAAGUUCCAUGCCUUAAUUUUUUUACAGUUCGGAAAAAAAAAUCAGCUUUUUUUUGCUAAAGUUUCCUUUGAAUAAAUUGUCUUAUUUUAUUUCAAUUUAGGCGUACGAGCUAAGUACUUUAACAGGGACGCAGGUGAUGUUGCUAGUCGCUUCGGAAACUGGCCAUGUUUAUACGUUCGCCACAAGAAAACUUCAGCCUAUGAUCACCUCAGAGAGCGGCAAAGCUCUUAUUCAAACUUGCCUCAAUUCUCCAGAUCCUCCAGUGUCACAGAUUCCCAACCCAGACCAGAGAAUGUCAGCCACAGGGUACGAGGAAACAGAUUUAACCUACACUGUGAACGAAAACGACGCUGAAAAGAUGCAGGUACAUGUACUGCCAACAAGAAUACACUUAUCGAAAAUUUAUUCAUUUAAUUUAGAUCGGCGUUAUAUCCUUUAUUUUUCAACUUAUUCGUGUAUUUAUUUACGAAUCUUCGUUAAAAAAAUGAAGCGCUAGAAUUUCGCCAUAAUUUCGAUCUUUGAGCAAAUGGACUUAUGCUUGUUUUCUUUUCCCUAUUUUACUGAAAACAGGUUUAGCAAAUCCAAUUACAAAUUUAUAAACGUCUGAACCUCGCCAGCAGUUUUAACAUCAAAUUGACCACUGUUGGGGAUAAUGUCUAUGUUUCGCAUUUUUCCUCAGUACUGCAGUUUUUCACAUUAGUCUUUUCGGCGUGUUUGGAUUCGAUAAGAUCCACUUUCGCGGCAAAUGUUCGCGUACAAUUUCAAACUCCGUGUCCUUUGAAACAUUCCAACCAUAUAUGGCGUCGGUUUCCUUCUUUGGUACAUUUCUUGCCCAUUUUUGGAGACGAAUGUAAACCCGUGCUUGUUUGUUGGGGGAAUCCUCCUUUGUUUUGGAAGUUCGAGGCCUUGGCAAAAGCAUUUCACGGCAUUAUUUCUUCAAAUGACUCAAAUGUAUUUUCCUGCAAAAAAUUUCUUUCGCUUUCGAGCAAGAUUCCUGAAACUUGAUAUUCUCUCGACGUUCGAGAAAUUUCUCUGUUUUAAUGCUUGCCAAUUUCUCGAUACAAGCUGCGUAAAAACUACCAUUAAAUAUAUUCGACGCGUUUGCCAUAUCGCAAUCAUAUUGAAUACAUCUUGCUUUGUAAGAACGUUUUCUUCACAUCGAAGACAAGAUUAUUUUUUUAAGUCGCGGCUAAUGUCAAAUAAAAGUUUUGAAUCAAUCUUUCAACAGACAGACUGAUCUUUUGCUCGAAGGUUAAAUUAACGUAUAAUUUUAGUUGAUCUUUGCAUGUCAACGAAUAGAUUAGCCCCAACUUGUGUUUUUUAAGUGCAGAGCGGAGAAUCCACAACAACAUCAGAAGCAUCUAAGUGAUUUAUGACAAAUGCGUAAUAAAGUCAAUAUGCUCAGAUCAAUUAUUUAUCUGUAUAUAUAAAUGUAUUAUUGAUCACUUUCAAUUUUUUUAAACUUAAACGUCCUUUGCGAUCCGUUCAAUGUCCACAAUAUUAACAUUGUGCCAUAUAGUGUGUGUAGGGAUGACUUUGUUAUCGAGUCCUUUUAGGAAUGAUUUUAAAAGCAACUAUAAUUCAGCUAUGACAGACUUUCCUCUGUAAGUGCCAUAUUAUUAUUUUAGUCAAGAGGUAUUAUGAGGUCUACAGUAAAGUUUGACUAUAUUAAGAAUUUCUCAUCUCUUUUCAUUUUGAUACCACAUCAGUCAUGUUAACUUAUUUUAACUUGUUAUCUUUUAUAGGACCGGGGUGGAAUAUUCACCACACAGCAAAUAGACACCACUCAAGGUUUAACAGUGGGUGCCUUAUCAGGUACUAAUGCACCCAUGACUGGCAUCACGGCUUUGCCAGCGACAGGUCAUUCCUUCCCUAUCACAACCUAUAUUCCACAGUCAAACAUUCAGCAGCAAGGUGGAAACAAAAAUGCCUCUGUUCAAUCAUCAUAUUCUGUGCAAGCCAUGCCAGGAGGAGCAUUUACAACUAUCUUUGCACCUGGGACAUCAGUUCAGUUGGGGCAGAACCUCUCUCAGGGCCAGCAACAGGGAUCGACUGUACAGGUAGGAGAUAAACUCACUUUCUCUUCUCCAUUUUUAGGCAUCUUUUAUUGGACUAGUGAGAUGAAAUCCUAUGAUAAAGUUUUCUUGAGCUCUUUCGGCAUUCCGUUAUUCUGUUGACCUGCAAGAAGGAUCCAAUUUUACGGUAUCACUUUAACCCUUGCUCUCCCCAAAGUGGCCAAAGUCAGAAUUGAACAAAAAUUCCAGAUUUUACUUUGCAAGAUGUUGAAAAACAAAUAGUAGCAUGUUAAAAAACUGCUUAAGAGGAUUCAUUUGAAUGGUCACAUCGCACGAUUUCGACCACAUACUUAAAGUAAGAACCAUCUUACAGGACUACAUGAUUAGCUGUGGAGGUGAAAGCAAGACUUUAAAGAUUAUAAAGCGUUUCCUUUGGGGUUUUCACCUCCACUAAACGCAGAAUAAUAAAAUACAGAAGAGAAUAAUUCUUAAUAUGUGAUCAUCCAGUGAAACUUGCAAAAACUUAUAAUAAAUAAUAAAUUAUAGAGGUCAUGAGUUAUAUUAUUUACUGUUAAUUGAUGGUUAUCUAGAAAUGUUAGUUUGACAAAAAAUAAUAGAGAACACUAUAGACUAUAAAUUAUAAAGGACUGAGGAGAUUAAGUACGUUACAAAUGAAAACUUCAGUGUAAGUUUGAGGUGUAAACAUACUUAAUAAAUGGAAUAUAGUUAGUUACAAAGAACCUGGUUGAGUUAUGCUUAACAAAAAGCUAUCAAUGUACAUCUGUUGUUUUGACAGUUUUGGUCAAAAUAUGUACAUGCAUAUUGUGUUUUAUUCUUUUGGGACAACUGAAUUUAAUAACCUUGUGAAAUGUGAACUGUCAGAUACUGGAUUAGCUUGAGUUGUGCUGGACAAAAAGCUGUCAUCUACUGGAAAUUGUGUUUUAACAGUUUUGGUUAAAAUAUGCAGUUCCAUUAAUUUUUUGUAUACUGUUUUUAAGCACAACUCAAGAAAACACUGAAGAAUGCAUUAUAAUGCAAAGUUGACAAAUUCUAAAUAUGCUCAAGCUGUGUUGAACAAAAAGAGCUGUCAUUUAGCUAUUUGGUAGUGACUGGGUCAGUCAAAAUAUGUAGCUGUAACAAAUUCUUUAGUCACAAUAGAGUAGAAAUAUGCUCCACAUGACUCUUCAGUCUUGUUUGAGUACUCCAUCAUUUUACACAGUGGGAAAGUUAAGUGUUGGGAAUAUUUGGGAUUCAAAUGUUGUUUGUCUCAUUCCACUCUGUGGUUAUAGACUGAGCUUUGUUACUUCUGCCCUUUUUGGGUAUUUCGAAAAGUCAUGAUGGUGGUAAAACUAGUUGUUGACUAUAUAAGUCACUAGACUUCAAAAAAUUUAACUGUUGCAAGAAAUUUCAAGGAUCCUGUUUUAUUAUGAAUUUCUUAACAAUUAUUGUUUGGUGAAAGCAGUUUCUGUGAAAUGACUUCCAAAAGGUGAACAUCAUGAAAUUUAGUUGUCAUUUAGCGCUUUUUUCCCUGCAAAAUAGUAGUUAAAUUCAAGUGUAUUGUACACUUUUUUACUAAGGCCACACAAAGUAUCUCAUUUUUCCUGAUAGUAAUGAUAAAUUUCACUGUUCACUAGUAAUAAGCUUCAAAAUUGUUGGGGUGGGUUAAAAAUGUGAGCAGGUUUAAAUGAUGUCUAUGAAAUGGAAGUAAAUUGUUCUAUUGUCAGUUUGUUAUAAUGAAGAUUACAUUAAAAUUUAAUGAAACAUUUUUCCCUUCUUACCAUUCAACAGGGUUCUCAUUACUAAGUUUUAGAGUAGACAGCUAGGAUGUAAAAGUAGGCAGCUUUGCAACUGAGUGCUGAAGGCAAUUUCAGGCUUUUGCUCGCUCAACUGAGUAGACAGCUCAAAAUUUAAGUAUCUAUUUUUUUUAGCCAGUUGCGGGUACUUAAUGAGAACCCUGUUCAAAGACCAGUAUGUAACAGUGACAUGUUCAGUUUCAAUAGUUUUGUGAAAUCUUUGGAUACAAUAAUAAAUUGUAUAUGCACCAUUCUUAUAUCAAUUCUUAACCAGAACUUUAUUUCAAAAUUUGCUUUAUGCACAGGUUCUUUCUCAGCCAGUGCAAAUCCAACGAGUUCAACAGCCACAAACACAGACUGUACAGGUAAAUGCUGUCAACCCUACGACAACAUCUAACACCAUCACCUUGCAAAUGGGUCAGGAUGCCAGCCAGACUCACGAGCCUAAUGGUGAUAAUGCCUCGGGAUCUCAGGCCAACAACUUACAAUCAGUUGGAACUGUAGUGGUUCCCAUAGCCACCAACCAAGAUGGCAAUGUUGUCUCCCUGGGAAAUGUUGUCCCAUCCUCCAUGAUGUUGACUUCACAAGCGGGACAAAUUCCAGUGAUGUAUAGUGUGUAUGCAUCACCAUCAUCUGGGCUUGUUACAGUGUCUCACUUGUCGGAUGGCAGUUCUGAUCAGUCUGCCGGUCAUGCUCAUCUCUCAGCAGAAGCAAGUGACAUGGGACAGCAGAGCCUGCCUGGAUCUCUGUCCCUUGCCACUGUUCAGGUGCAUCCGGACAUUAACUCUGGUGUGCAGGCAUAUACAACUCAAGCUGUUGUCACAGAGAGCAGUGGCACCCAGACCGCUGAUGAAAUUCAUAUGAGUCAUCAUGGCUCAUUAGAGACUGAAACAGGCAUUGCCAAAAAUGAUUUGGCCAUGUCUGUCGGCCAAACUGAGGUCUAAGUAUCAAAUUGUGAACAAGUUCACAUUUUCAUAUGUGAACAAAAUUUGACAUUUUAAAACUCCAGACAGGGUUGGUACAGAGUCUUGAAUUCUUGAAAAAGUCUUGAAAUUUCCAGAGUUAUUUUUCAGACCUGGAAAAAUGGUAAAAGGUGGGAAAUUUUUUGUGAAGCUACAACAAGUGCGUUAUAAGUGAAAUUUUUCCCGUGGUCAAAUCCCUUUUAAUCUCGCCCGUAGCCAAGACUUUUAAUCACAGAAUGAGAAUUUUUAGAACUCUCUUCCUAGGGAGUGGGUUUUUCAAGGUCUCUAUUGUUGGUAACCUUGAGUCUAGAAAAAUAAAUAUUGUUUUGGGGAAAAGUCUUGAAUUUUGGAUCCAAAAAUCUGUACCAACCCUGUCCCGAGAAGGGUAGGGGUGUAGUUUGAAACGCCUUUGCCCAGCAAUUGCCCUUGGCACUUUGCACUUACUACAAAAUACAUUUUUCUAAUAUUUAUAGAAUUGCUUCCAAGAAGCUUGCAAAAACCAAG